UUAAUAAAACAUCAAUUUUGAUGGAAAUCAAUGGUUUUAAAAAGCGUUUAAGUCCCUUUUAAUUAAUCUUUUCAAUUAUUUGAUCGAUAUAAUUGUGGUUCGGCCAGUGAAUGCAUACCAUAUAUAAUAGCAACCUUCUCCUACUUGAACUUGGAGUACUACUUUUGGAAUAACGCCGACUUCAAUCGCGAUAUAAACAUCAUUGGCCAAGCCCUGCAGAUCAGUCCGACAUCUUCUUCUUCAAUCUCUAGCCAUCAACCAGAGUCUUGCUUCUUCUUCGUUCUGUUCAUCAACUUCAAGAUGCACCUCCACCACCUUUUCAACUUUGGCACCAAAACCGCUCCAAGCGAUGCUGUAACCAUUCUUGAGAUCAAUCUCAUCUCCGCCCAAGACCUUGACUGUUCACGCAAAUCCUCAUCCAAGAUUCAAACCUACGUCGUUGCUUAUAUUGAUCCUGACAAGAAGCUUAAAUCGAGGGUAGACAGAUUUGGCCACACCAACCCAACAUGGAAUGACAAAGUUGUAUUCGCCAUUGAUAGUGAAUUGCAGCUCAGGAGGCCGAAUGCUUGCUUGGUGUUCGAAAUUUACAAGGUUAGGCGACUCAAGAAGGAUGAGAAGAUUGGUGUGGCUCAUGUUCUGGUGGAAAAUCUGAUAUCUGAAGAUCAUGGAGAUGCCAAGUGCAUGGCUUUUCAUAUACGUUCAGAAUCUGAUGAUGUGCCUGGGCCUAUACUCAAUAUUGGAGUGGUCAGGCUACAUGGUGUCUUUGAUCAAUCUCCAAGCUUUCUUGAUUCGCCCACUGAUUACACGAAGUUGUUGGGAAAUUUUUAGAUUAAUGAAUUUUCCUUUUUAUCUUUCGUUUUAUGUGAACAGUAGAAAGAUUUUAAUCAAUAAGUUUUCGCUUUUACUGUUUUAUGGAAUUACAUUCUUUGUGUCGGCUGGAUU